AAUUUGUUUUUUUAAAUCGUUUGUAGCUAUUCCGUCACCACCUACUGCUCCGUUAGAGAUGAGACAAAUUGCGGCUAACACGAUGGUAAUCGAAUGGGGUAGACCUGAAUCAGAUGGCGGUGCACCCCUAGAGGGUUAUAAAAUCGCUAUCAGAGAUGCAAAGAAAACUAUGUGGAUGGAAGUGGGAAGAGUUAGCGCAGACAUUCAAAAACUUAACAUUAGAGACUUACAAGAGAAUCAUGAAUACCUUGUGAGAAUCUUUGCACGAAACGAGAUCGGAUUCAGCGAUCAUUUGGAAUCGGAAGAAUCUUUUAAGAUUGUACCGACCUCGGAACUAUCGUACGUGGAACCAAUUGCAGAGGCUAUGGAUAAAGGUGAAACCGCAUCAAUCAGCUUUAGCACAGAAAACACAAGUUCAUGGUUACGAGAACACAAUAUGGAUGCCGAUAUACAUUCAUAUGCGAGAGCGAGAUUACUUAGGAAAGACGAGUACUUUUUCCGCAUUUGGCAUUAUGCUAAAAAGUUAUUUGAAUAAGCAUUUCUAAACUUUACAUAUAAUUAUGAAUUUUUUAUUAUAAAAUAGUCGGAGAUAUCUCAUAUUGGUUGAUUUUAUCCGCAUUUAUAAUUUUAUUCUUUAUUCUUUUUUUUCGAACAUUAUACAUUUAAUCAAUGUAACCUCUGACUCUUCAAAUCAAGUAAUGACAAUCGUAUCUAUUAAUCGGUCCUGUAUAAAAUCGAGAGUUAUAUAUCAAUAAUUAUAUACAUAAAAACUAAAA